AUGACCCAGCACUCGCCCACCAGCCAGCCCGUGCACUCCCCGACGGCUCAGCCGCAUCAUCACUCUAUCGAGAGACCUAAAGGCAUCCUCAAAAACCCGUCCUACCAAACCCCGGCCUCCCCGACCAGCGAGACCGCCCCUCUCACCCGAAUUCCGUCCAACGACCGCCCCGGCGUCGACCGCGGCCUGUCGGAGCGCGAGAUUGUGCUCCAGAACACCCUCCAGAAUGCCGGCCACCGCCGUUCGUCGUCCAACCCGCGCGGCCCGCCGUCGCGCCGCCACUCGGGCACGCCUGGCGCCGACGCCGAUGAGAACAGCCCGCGCCUGAAGUGGGACGAGGCCAACCUGUACCUGACGGAGCAGCAGCGCGACAGCACUAUGAAGAUCACCGAGCCCAAGACGCCCUAUGCCGGCCACUACGACCCGGCCGAGGACGAGGAGGAGAUCGCCGCGCUCGACGCGAACCAGAUCGUGGUGGAUGAGCUGGACAAGACCAAGCCGAAGAAGAAGCAGUCGAAGGAGGACGACAUUCCCGGCCUUGACCUUGGCGAGCCGGAGGUGGAGAACGCGGGCGCGCACCACUCGGAUGGCGAGAAGCGUGUCAUGGUGGAUUCUGACUACGUGGACGAGACCAAGCGGGAGGCGGAGCCGCCGCAGGAGCAGGAGAAACACCGUCAGUUCGAGGAGGCGCGGAAGAAGCAUUACGAGAUGAAGAACGUCAAGAAUCUUCUUGGACACGCCGACGAGCUGCUCGCUGAAGAGGACGAUGACGAGGAGAAGUCUGCCGUCCCUCCGAUGCCCAACGGCCGAUGA